AUGUUCCCUUGGUCGGGUGAACCUUCAGAAGUUCCGGCAGUGGAUGACUGGGUCAGAAGAAGCGAAAGAGUCUGGGACAGCGCUCAUGUGAGGCUACAGAGGGCAAUCAGAGCCCAGAAAACCCAAGCAGAUCGUAGGAGAAGUCCCCACCCAAACUAUCAGCCGGGUCAGAGGGUAUGGUUAUCGACUCGAGAUCUACGGUUACGGCUAACCUGCAAGAAGCUCAGUCCAUGGUAUGUAGGCCCAUUUCGGAUAAUAAAGCAAAUUAAUCCAGUAACAUACAGGUUAGAGCUCCCAGCUCAUUAUCGCAUUUCUCCUUCAUUUCAUGUAUCUCUGUUAAAACCCGCUCAUCCUGCUUCCGGUCCUGCCUCCGAGGAGAGGGAGCCCCCCCCACCACUGGAUGUUGAUGGAGCUCCGGCUUACCUGGUCAAGGAUAUCAUAGAUUCCAGACGUAGGGGGGGCAGGCUACAAUACCUAGUGGACUGGGAGGGCUACGGCCCAGAAGAAAGAUCUUGGGUGGCCGCCAAGGACAUAUUAGACCCAUCAUUGACCCGGGAUUUCCAUCAUGCACAUCCGGAUCGUCCAGCACCUCGACCAAGGGGACGUCCACGAAGAACACCUGGAGGUGUUCCUAGGGGGGAGGAAUCUGUAACAUCAACCAUCCAUUCGCCAUCUCCUCAUUACUGA